AUGGAUAGGGAUUGGAUGUGGUUGCCAAAUAGGUUAUCUAGAGAUUAUGUUGAAGGGGUCAAGUCAUUCAUUCAAGUUGCAAAAGAACACUUGCGAUGGGAUAACAAGACACGUUGUCCAUGUCGAGAUUGUCAAAAUGCACGAUUCAAUGAUUUGUUGACAAUUGAACGUCAUUUGAUUAGGUUUGGGUUUUCUAGAAGUUAUCAAAAAUGGAUUUUUCAUGGGGAAGAACAUGAAUCUCAACCUAAUGAGCAAAAUGAUAUUGGUGUUGAUACAGAAAUUGUUGACGCUACUGAUGCUGAUAUCCUUAAUGAAGUUGUGGAUGCAUUAAAUGAUGCAUGUGGACACAUAGACAAUGAUAUUAACUUAGAGGAAUCCACUACUCAUGGAAAAUUUGAUUACUUACUUGGUGAAGCUAAUAAAGAAUUGUAUCCGGGUUGUAAAAAGUUUUCUGCUUUGACAUUCCUUGUGAAGUUAAUGCAUAUUAAAGUCCUCAAUCGUUGGAGUGACAAGUCUUUUGACAUGUUACUCCAAGUUUUAGUUGAUGCUUUUCCAGAAAGAUCAAACAUUCCAAAGACAUACUAUGAUGCUAAGAAGAUGUUAAGAGAUUUGGGCUUAGGAUAUGAUUCAAUCCAUGCAUGCAAGUAUGAUUGUGCAUUGUUUUGGAAGGAGAAUGAGACUCUUGAUAAAUGUCCAGUGUGUGAUGAGCCACGAUAUAAGUUCUGUAAUGGAAAAGGUAAAAAAAUUCCUCAAAAAGUAUUGCGUCAUUUUCCACUAAAAUCAAGGCUACAAAGGUUAUUCAUGUCAAGGCAUACAGCAUCAGAUAUGAGGUGGCAUAAAGAAAAACGAAUCAGUGAGGAAGGAGUCCUAAGGCAUCCAGCAGAUUCUGAAGCUUGGAAGGAUAUGGACACCCAAUUCCCUUGGUUUUCGCAAGAACCUCGAAAUGUUCGAUUAAGGCUUGCAACAGAUGGUUUCAAUCCAUUUGGGAGCAUGAGUAAUAGUUAUAGCAUGUGGCCAAUUGUUCUUGUGCCAUACAAUAUGGCACCAUGGAGAUGUAUGAAAGAGAUGUUUUUCAUGUUAUCAUUACUAAUUCCAGGCCCACAAGCCCCAGGGAGAGAUAUUGAUGUAUACCUACGUCCUUUGAUAGAAGAAUUAAAAGAGUUAUGGCAUGAAGGUGUUCAAACAUUUGACGUGUCAACAGGAGAAAACUUUCGCAUGCAUGCAUGUGUUUUAUGGACAAUAAAUGACUUUCCUGCUUAUGGGAACUUGGCUGGGUGGAACACAAAAGGAUAUAAAGCAUGUCCAGUUUGUAAUGAAGACACAUCAUCACUAGGUAUUAGAAGUAAAAUAUGUUACAUGGGUCAUCGACGUUUUUUACCUCUUGAUCAUGGAUGGCGAAGGAGUAGACAACACGAUGGUAAGCCGGAGUUUCGACCACCCCCAAGAAUGUUCUCUAGUGAUGAAAUAUUGCAACAAUUGUGUUGUCUUAAACAUCGAAAGCCUGGUAAGCAUCCAAACAACGUUGAUAGAAAGCGAAAGCGGGUGCCUGAAGAAUUAAAUUAG